GUAAUUGCAAAUGUAAGGGGUCAAAAAUCCAAAAGAAGCCUACUUGUUUCUUCUUCCAAGAUGUAACGACGGAGAGCAUGCAGUUGAGGAAUUUCGAUAAAUAAAUAAAUAAAUAAAAUGUGAGAUGUCACCUAACUAACUAGCCAGCAUAGCAUAGAUUUGGAAAUGGGAAUCAUAAUUUGACUCUCUUCUUCCAUGGUCAGAGUCUGAGAUCAGAGACUCAGUCACUGAGAAAGGGAAUUAGGGUUUUGAUCUAUGAAUUUGGAUUCGAUCUAAUAGAAAGAGAGAAAUGAAUGUGGAGAGAUCGUCGCUGUGCAACUGCGUUGUCAACUUUCUGUUGGAAGAGAAUUACCUUCUUACUGCAUUUGAGCUUCUUCACGAGCUUCUCGAGGAUGGCCACGACGACCAAGCCAUUCGACUCAAACAAUACUUCUCCGAUCCCUCACUCUUCCCUCCCGAUUCUAUCUCUCGCCUCAACUCUCUUCGAGUCGCAGAUCCUCAGACUUUGCUGGAAGAGAAAGAAGCAGCAGAAGAAAAGUUGGCCAUUAGUGAUUAUGAACUGCGUUUGGCUCAAGAGGACAUCUUAAAACUGAAGAGUGAGUUGCAGAAGAAAGCGGAAAAUGUUCAUGAAUUAAAUGGUACACAGUUAAGUGCAGAUGUUUCAGUGGAAGACAGGCAACAACUUCAACAACAAAAGAAUAAUACUUCCUUCAUUGAUUUGGGUCCAUUAAAAGAAACAGAACGUCGAGAUCUUAACUGUGCUGUAAAGGAAUAUUUGCUUAUAGCUGGUUACCGUCUUACUGCUAUGACAUUUUAUGAAGAGGUUACAGACCAGAACUUGGACAAUUGGGACAAUACACCUGCAUCUGUCCCAGAUGCCUUGCGUCAUUAUUAUUAUCAGUAUCUUUCAUCAACUUCAGAGGCUGCUGAGGAAAAAUUUUCUCUAAUUAAAGAAAAUGAAUCAUUGCUGAAUGCAAACAAGAGGCUGAAUCAAGAAAAAGAGAUCUUGUUGAGGAACAAAGAUUCGGCAGAUGCUCAAAUAGUAGCAUUAACUAAGUCAUUGGAUGCAAUGCAGAAAGAUCUUAAAGAAAAAGAGAACAUGGUGCAAGUUUUAAUGCAAUCCCUGGAGCACCAAAGAAAGGAGCUCAAUGAUUGCAGAUCUGAGAUCACUUCCUUGAAAAUGCAUAUUGAAGGGUCUCACUCAGGAAAUAAUAUGGUUGCCAGCGAUGUUAAUAAUGUUCAAUCUGAAUCUGUGGAGAGGUAUAAGGAAGAAAUUAAAAAAUUGCAGAUGGAAAAUGAAUGGUUGAAGGGAAAAAAUAUAGAAACUACUGUACCUGGAAAAAUUGUUGUUUCUGAAAAUGAAAAUUUGCAGACAGACGAUAAAGUGAUUGAAAUUCAUGAAGAUCGAGGAGCAAUAUCUAACCCUGCUGAUGUGGCUCUGGGGGUUGUACGCAAUGAAGAUGCUGAAUCACCAGUUGUUCAAACUCUUAAUAAGUAUACUGAUAAACAUGGGGAUACAUUGCCUGAGUUAUUUAACCCUGCAAAUUCAAAUAGUGCUUUUGAAAAUAUAAAAGAUGUCUCUGAACAAAAUGUUGGGCAACAAGCAGAGGAUAACAGCUUACUUGUAAAAUCAGACAGUGUGACUGUGAAUGAUGAAGCAGGAUCUGGGAGGAUGGGCUUAGGAACCAUUCAGAUACUUGCAGACGCUUUGCCUAAAAUUGUUCCUUAUGUGUUGAUCAACCAUCGUGAGGAGCUCCUUCCUCUAAUAAUGUGUGCAAUUGAGCGCCACCCAGAUAGUAGCACUCGAGAUUCUUUGACCCACACCUUGUUUAAUUUAAUCAAGCGUCCUGAUGAACAACAGAGACAAAUAAUAAUGGAUGCAUGUGUCAGCCUUGCAAAGAAUAUUGGACAGAUGAGAACAGAAACAGAAUUGCUACCGCAGUGUUGGGAACAAAUCAGUCACAUGUACGAGGAGCGUAGACUGCUUGUUGCUCAAUCAUGUGGAGAGCUUGCAGAAUUUGUACGGCCUGAGAUUCGCGAUUCUCUUAUUUUAUCUAUUGUGCAGCAACUAAUAGAAGAUUCUGCCAGUGUUGUUAGAGAGGCUGCUGCUCGUAAUCUGGCUAUGCUGCUUCCACUUUUCCCAAACAUAGAUAAAUAUUUCAAGGUGGAGGAUUUGAUGUUCCAAUUGGUAUGUGAUCCAUCAGGAGUGGUGGUGGAAACUACUCUCAAGGAAUUGGUUCCUGCAGUUAUGAAGUGGGGAAACAAAUUAGAUCAUGUUUUGAGAGUUUUGCUUUCUCAUAUUUUAAGCUCUGCCCUGCGUUGUCCACCUCUUUCUGGGGUUGAAGGGUCCGUGGAGUCAAAUCUCCGUGUCUUGGGUGAAAGAGAGCGCUGGAAUAUAGAUGUUCUGUUGAGAAUGCUGGUGGAAUUGCUAUGUUUUGUGUACCAGAAAGUAAUUGAGACAUGCCCCUUUUUGUCCAUCACAGAAACCACCCAAGCUGUGUUGUCUACGGCAUUGCUUGAAUCGUAUGCUAGGGGACAAGUUGAAUGGGAUGCAUUUGAAUGGAUGCAUGUUGAGUGCUUUCCUAAUUUGUUACAGUUGGCUUGCUUGUUACCUCAGAAAGAAGAUAAUUUACGAAGUCGAAUUUCAAAGUUUCUUUUAUCUGUUUCUGAAAGGUUUGGGGAUUCGUACGUGACAUGCAUAAUGCUUCCAGUAUUUUUAACAGCAGUUGGGGAUGAUGUCGAUUUGAAAUUUUUUCCCACUGCUGUCCACUCAAGAAUUAAAGGUUUGAAACCAAGGUCUGCUGUUGGUGAUAAGCUCUCUGCAAUGUGUGUCCUUCCGCUUCUAUUAGCUGGGGUUUUGAGUGCUCCUGGAAAACAUGAACAAUUAACUGAAUAUUUGAGGAAACUGCUACUAGAAGAUCAUUCCAUGCAGAAUUCAUCAACCAAGCACACUCCUGAGAUUAUUAAUGCCAUCCGCUUCAUUUGCAUAAAUGAAGAAAACCAUGGUAUGAUAUUUAAUAUACUAUGGGAAAUGGUUGUCAGCUCUAACGUCAACAUGAAAAUAAAUGCUGCCAAAUUGCUGAGAGUUAUUGUACCAUAUAUUGAUGCAAAGAUUGCUUCAACACAUGUUUUGCCUGCUCUAGUUACUCUUGGAUCUGACCAGAACCUGAAUGUAAAGUAUGCCAGCAUAGAUGCAUUUGGUGCUGUGGCUCAACACUUCAAAAAUGAGAUGAUUGUUGACAAGAUACGUGUUCAAAUGGAUGCCUUUCUUGAAGAUGGUUCCCAUGAAGCUACUAUUGCUGUUAUUCGUGCAUUGGUGGUUGCUGUACCAAAUACAACUGAAAGACUUAGAGAUUAUCUUUUGUCCAAGAUUUCCCAACUUACAGCUAUGCCAAAUUUAGCUAGUGAUUUGAUGCGUCGACGAGAGAGAGCCAAUGCAUUUUGUGAGGCAAUCCGUGCACUGGAUGCUACAGAUCUUCCUGCAAAUAGCAUUCGGGACUUAUUCCUGCCUGCUAUACAGAACCUCUUGAAAGACUUGGAUGCACUUGAUCCAGCACACAAAGAAGCUCUUGAAAUUAUUAUGAAGGAAAGAUCAGGGGGAACUUUUGAGACUAUUAGUAAGGUGAUGGGUGCUCACCUUGGCCUUCCAUCGUCAGUCAGCAGCUUCUUUGGUGAUGGUGGGUUGCUCGGAAAGAAAGAAACAACAGAGCCACCAUCAGAAGCAAAUGUGUCCCCCAAGGCUGCCACACCAUUGCCCGCAGAGGACACUAGAUUCAGGCGCAUCAUGCUGGGAAAUUUUAGUGAUAUGCUUCGUGGCAAGGCAAAAGCUCAAGAGGAAGGUCAAAACCAAUAAGAUGCCUUUUUGCAAGGUAAAUUUUGCCCAUUCUGAUACAUCUGAUGAAGGUAACUGUGUCCCAUAUAUACAACAACGAAGACUUGUCUCAAUAGGUCAGAUUGGCUACUGUUGUUCCCAAAUAUUAGUGACAUUUUUUUGGCGAUUUUUCUGGAAUAGAAGAUGAAAAUAUAAAUAAAUAUUGCAUUGCAGUUUUGUCGUAUUUUUAUUGGAUAUGAUCUAUUAGGCCCUUGGGUCGGGGACUGGAGAGAUUUGAUUGAGGAGCGCGGUAGAAUCUGUAAAUUGUCGUAUGAAUUAGGCUUUUCGUAAGCCUUUUACAGGAAUUACAUUAAUGGUGGAUCUUUAUUUU